CAGGUUUACUUAAAGAAGACGCGACCAAAGCGUUUGGGUUCCGGGCUCACUUGCCCUGCGCUUCCUUCUGUGGAGAACGGCCGCGCUGAGCAGCUGAAAGAAGCAAGCCAGCGCCUUCUAGGCCCUUGGGCCCGGGGACCCAAGGAGGAUGAGCUGGCUCUUUCCGCUGACUAAGAGCGCUUCGUCCUCCGCAGCUGGGUCUCCCGGUGGUCUCACCAGCCUUCAGCAGCAGAAGCAGCGCCUGAUCGAAUCGCUUAGGACCUCCCACUCCAGUAUAGCUGAAAUACAGAAAGAUGUGGAAUACAGAUUACCAUUCACCGUCAACAACCUGACUAUUAACAUUAAUAUAUUGCUUCCUCCUCAAUUUCCUCAGGAGAAACCAGUGAUCAGUGUUUAUCCACCAAUACGACAUCACUUAAUGGAUAAACAAGGAGUUUAUGUUACCUGCCCAUUAGUAAACAAUUUUACAAUGCAUUCAGAUCUUGGAAAAAUUAUUCAGAGUUUAUUGGAUGAAUUUUGGAAGAACCCUCCAGUUUUGGCUCCUACUUCAACAGCAUUUCCAUACCUCUAUAGUAACCCAGGUGGACUGCCUCCUUAUGCUUCUCAGGGUUUCUCAUUUCUUCCUCCAUAUCCCCCACAAGAAGCUACCAGGACUAUCACUUCUGUAUCCGUUGCCGACACUGUUUCUUCAACCACAAGUUAUACCACGGCCAAACCUGCUGCUCCUUCAUUUAGCAUUCUUUCAAGUCUGCCGUUACCCAUUCCCACGACAGAUACUUCAGCACCAAUAAGCCAAAAUGGUUCUGGUUACAAGAUGCCAGAUGUCCCUGAUGCAUUUCCAGAACUCUCAGAACUAAGUGUGUCACAACUCACAGAUAUGAAUGAACAAGAGGAGAUAUUACUAGAACAGUUUCUGACUUUGCCUCAACUGAAACAAAUCAUUACUGACAAGGAUGACUUAGUAAAAAGUAUUGAGGAACUAGCAAGAAAAAACCUUCUUUUGGAGCCCAGCUUGGAAGCCAAACGGCAAGCUAUUUUAGAUAAGUAUGAAUUACUUACACAAAUGAAAUCUACUUUUGAAAAGAAGAUGCAAAGGCAACAUGAACUUAGUGAGAGCUGUAGUGCAAGUGCCCUUCAGGCAAGACUGAAAGUAGCUGCACAUGAAGCUGAGGAAGAAUCUGAUAAUAUUGCUGAAGAUUUCUUGGAGGGAAAAACUGAAAUAGAUGAUUUUCUCAGUAGCUUCAUGGAAAAGAGAACAAUUUGCCAUUGUAGAAGAGCCAAGGAAGAGAAACUUCAACAGGCAAUAGCAAUGCACAGCCAGUUUCAUGCUCCACUCUAG